AUGAUGGAAGAAAACCGCAUUCUUGGGGAGGAUCUCCAAAUCUCCCCUGAUCGGUUGUUUGAGCGCCUAUCGCAACUCCCCGGGUACUCGUGGGACCAAAACUUCGUGCCUAUUCACUCCUCCUACGACCACUGGCAUUUUACUGGAAUCAAAUAUUCCGCCGACUCCGAAACCACCUCAACCCAAACCGCCUCCUCGUCCUCUCGAUCUAAAACCUCCAUAUCGUCGCAUAAUUCCCCAGAGUUAGAACCAAGGUCGUUCUUCCCGUCACACUGGCGCAAGGCGCCUAGCGAAGCGGAUAGUGAAAUUACCUCCCCGCGCGAUGAAGUUGAACGACCAUGGCUUCCCGUUAUAGCCCGUGUUUCCGGCCAUGUUGUUCGGCUAGAACGCGAAUUUCAUAUCCUACGAUCCAUCAUCGAGACCUCUGAUCCGGAAUGCAAACACACAGUUCGUCCCAUCGAUAUCAUACACCUUGCACGCCAGCCAGAAGACCGCGGAUUGUUUCUAGUAACAAUAUACGAAUAUGUAUCACCUAACUAUUUGAGAAAAUUAAUCCCAGCCGGGCCCGCUUCAUUUCAGAUGGACUGUGUUACCACGUCUAAUUCAGAAAUUGAAAAGGUCCCCUUGCCCACGUUUUUCAACUUUGCCAUCGGGGCUUGCGAGUGUCUCGAGCUACUACACUAUGGCCUCAAGACGGUUCAUGGCGAAAUCCGUGGCGACGCUUUCCAUUUCGCGGAAGACACUAAAAUCGUCAGAUUAAUGAAUGCUGGAAAUGGCGCUAGAUCAUUUGAUAAUGCAUUGGGCGACGGUUGGGCAGUCUUAUCCAAGGAGAUAGGUGUGAGAAACAAAUUACAAUUUAUCGCGCCCGAGCAGACCGGCAGGUUACCAACGGAACCGGAUAGUCGGACAGAUAUAUAUGCUCUUGGUAUUUUAUUAUGGAUUAUGCUCGCAGGAAGACCUGCUUUUGAAGGCAAAGACCUUGUCGAGGUGGUACAAAAUGUCUUGAGCAAGAAUUUGAGUCCUAUAUCGUCUCUACGCCUUGACGUACCCGACGCAUGUGCUGCUGUUAUCCAAAGAAUGACCAAGAAACAAAUUGGCGAGAGAUAUCAUACUAUCUCAGCUGUUAAGUGGGACUUUCAGCAAAUUUCAAAGUUGCUAGGCGAUGGAGACGCGGAUGCGCUUAAAAAGUUUCAAGUGGCCCAACGGGACGUUUCCUCGUUCUUUACUUUGCCCUGUGGCAUGUUCGGUAGGAAGAUGGAAUUUGACCGAAUCAUGAGUGUCGUGAACAAGGCCUACAAACGGCGGCAGGCUGCUGUUACUCCUAACAAAACGAGCCUCUACACAAGAAGCUCUAACUCAUCAAUUUCUGGCGAUAGAGUAGACAAUGUGGACAUCGAUGCCUCCAGUGACUCCGGUUCUCUUGGGGUUCCCGCCGCCGCUCCCGCAUUCAGACACAAUUCAACCUCUCAUCCGCUUUACCCUUCUGCUCAGGAUUCUAUCUUCAGUACGGAAUCUGGAACCAUGAGUACCAAAACUGCACUUCUAUCCAAUCGUAUGAAGAGCCCAACGGAUUCGCGGAUGUCAUGGGAAAAUAUUGAACGUGACUCCCCCAGUCUUGCGUUUGACUCCGGUUCUUUGGCACGGCGUAAGGCCGCUCAUACUAAAUAUCGACAUGGAGGCCGAUGUGAAGUUAUCACUGUAUCUGGCCCAACUGGAAUGGGGAAAUCCGACCUGAUCCAACGUUUACUACCCGAAAUCCGCAAAGUUGGGUAUGUCGCAGUCGCAAAAGUUGACCGGCAAUGCAAAUUACCAUUUGACCCAAUUCUCAAGGCCCUGACUAGCUUACUGCGUCAGAUCUUCUCAGAGCGCGAUAUCACAACGGAAUAUCAUAACUCAAUACGCGCUACUCUGCAACCUAUCUGGGGCUCCCUAUACCAGUUCUUGGACCUUCCGUAUCAACUACUCUUUCAAGAAAAUGUCGACUAUGAGCCAACAAUGCAUCAGAGGGCCUUUCAGCCGCUGAAGGGGCUGAAAGAAGACAUAGAAGAAUCCUUCGGCGUUAGUGGUUCGGAAUUUACCAGCCUCAGCCAAGGCCAAUCCUCUCAAGACUUUUGUCAAGGCCCUGCGUCCUCACUGGGAAUCAACUUUGUGGACAUUAUGAUCGAUGUGCUCAGGAUUAUGUCUCUUUACGAAGUCAUCUGUAUAUGUGUGGAUAACGCGCAUUUCGUAGAUGAGGAGUCUGCGGGCUUAUUACUUGAAAUCAUGAAGAAUAAACUGCGAUGUGUUAUUAUCCUUACCGGCCGGAGUGAUGACAUUGUCUCCCCUACCAUGAAAUCUCUCUUUGAGAUGGAAGCCCCAAAUCUCACAAGAGUGGUACUAGAGCCCCUCAACGAGGACGACAUCCUUGAAUUUGUUGCAGCAACAAUGCACCAACCCGCGAACAGUGCUAUGGUGCCACUCGCUGCUGUUGUACAAGAGAAGAGCUGUGGAAACCCGUUUUACGCCCGCUUGAUCCUUGAAACAUGUUAUCGUAAGAACUGCAUUUGGUACUCCUGGCGAGACGCUGCAUGGCAGUUUGACCUCGAUCGAGUGUUCUCGGAAUUUGUCGUGCCUGGCUAUGGUGAGGGAGUUGGUACCAACUUUGUUGUCAAGAGACUACAGGAAAUGCCAUCUGCGGCCCGGUCAAUUGUUCUAUGGGCUGCUUUGCUCGGUACGACCUUCUCCUUUUCGCUUGUCCAAAAGCUGCUAUCAGGCGAAUUUCUCUAUGAAGUUGGAGGGGAGGAUAAGGAUGACGUUACCUGCCCUGCCCAAACAAAAUGGGUACAGGAUAGCUCCGAUAUUGUAGCAGGGCUUCAGUUUUUACUCCAAGCUUAUAUUAUAAUUCCGGGUGAUACCGAUGAUGAGUUCAGAUUCUCUUCAGAUCACUACGCCCAGGCUGUGGCUUCUAUGCGACAAUGCCAUAAUUCCGAGAAAAUGCACUUUAUCAUAAUACAGACAAUGAUGAAAUAUUUACCAGACGACGAUACUACAUUGCACGCAAAGGCACGCCAUAUCAGCCUCUCCUCAAGACUAAUUAAAGAAAGAAUCCCCAUACGCACUACAUAUCGGGAUGUCUUGUACCGAGCAGGCCUGGCGGGUUAUAAAUCAGGUGCUAAAGCGACGGCACUCAAGAAUUACCAGCAGUGUAUCUUCCUCUUACAAGACAAUGCUUGGGAUGCCGAUACGCCCGACGCAUACUAUGACGAAACGAGGGAACUUUACAUCCAGACUGCAGAAAUGCAUCUAGCUCUGGGCCAGACAGCUGAGACGUUAGAUGCCCUUAACGUCAUUUUCAAGAAUGCACGCACAGCGCCCUGCAAAGCAAGAGCCUGGACACUACGAAGUCGGGUUCACUCCGUCAAAGGGAAUAUAUGCGCGGCAUUGGACGCUUUGUUUACUUGUUUAGAAGAGCUAGGCGUGAAAGUGAACCGUGUAACCACAUGGGAGGAAAACGAUACAGCAUUCAAGGAACUUGCCCAAUAUCUCCGAACCGUGGAUUUCGAUACACUAUUAUCGCGACCUCUGAGCGAAGAUCGAUCGGUAAUCGCUGUUGGUGCAGUGAUGAACGAAGCUAUAUCAGUUUGUUUGUGGCUUGACCCAUUGAUGUUCCUCCGCCUAACAGUGGAAAUGAUGCGCAUCACCCUCAAAUACGGUUCGAUGGUGCAGGCUGUUUACUUGUAUAGCCAGUUUUCGGCACUCUCAUUGAGUCGUUUCAAGGACAAGGACCUCGGCCUCAAGUUAAGUGACGCCGCUUUAUCAAUCCUACGUGUUACCAACGAUCCCUCAGCAAUUGCGCGUGGGAUUACGAUUCAUAAUGUCUUCAUAAAUCAUAUGCGUGAGCCAGUGGCUAUAACCAUGCCCCUUUUAGAAACGUCAACGGAAGCUGCCUUCUUUAUCGGCGACCGUUAUUACAUUCUUCUCAAUGUAUCCUCGAUGGUUAUUACCCGACUUGUUCUUGGCUAUGAUUUAGGAGAGAUAGAAGCCCUAUGCAAUGAUGCGACUGAGGGCAUCAGCGAUUGGUCUCAUGACAUUCGUGGAGGAACCGCCAUAGUAGCAGUCCGGCAAGCGGCCCGCGCGCUGCAAGGAAAGACGAUAGCGAGCUCGGCUGACCUUGUUUUAUCCGAUGCACACCAUGACGAUCAAACGUAUCAGGCUGAAAUCAUGGAACGUUUUCCGGGAAAACCUCACGUUCUGCUUAUGUAUCGCAGUGUCCUCUUUAUUCCUCUAUACGCAUAUGGCCACUAUGCGAAGAUAGUGGAAUUGGGUACUGAGAUGGCUGGUCAGCUGCACGGAAUUUGGUCAUCAAGGCUGGCAACUCAAGCAUACUUUUAUCUGUCGAUGGCCACCCUCUCCCUCCAUCUUGAAGACCCUCAACUGCCUGGCGUGGAGUCUAGCAUUAGCGCAGUUGAGGGAUACAAGAAAGAAAUCGAUUAUAUGCGAGGGGGGUGUGAUGCGAACUAUGGAACAUGGUCAUUGAUGGUCCAAGCCUUACUUUGCGAGGUAAAGAAGGACUUCCAGGGAGCAUUGAUAGCUUUUGAGGAGUCAUUGGACCAUGCUCAGCUCCAUAAUUGGCCAAUUGAGGAAGCGCUUGCUUAUGAGCUCCAAGUGGAUUUCCUUAUUCGACGCGGUGCCAAACGUGCAGCGCAGAAGAUGUUACAACCAGCCAUUUCUGUGUGGAAUAGAAUUGGCGCCGCCGGAAAGGCACAACAGUUAACGGAGAAAUAUGAAUGGCUGACAAGAAUAGGGACAGUCUCAAGAUCAAAUGACGUUGGCUGCCAAACAAUUGAUUCACUUCUCGGCGUUCAAAAAUCCAAUGUGACGGAACCUUCUUCAGACUCCCACGCCAUCAAUUCACUUGAAGGUGGCCAUAACCAGAACUGGCUUGAACAAAACCAGAAGCCAACCGAGGGUCCCUCUGAUAUAACCGGCGUUGGGUUAGACAUCAUUGACUUGUCCACCAUCAUUGAGUUCAGUCAUGUAAUGUCAUCUGAGCUUGAGGUCAAUAAGCUCUUGACAAAGAUGGUCCGCAUUAUAUUAGAGUCAUGUAGUGGAUCCGAACAUGCUCUAGUGAUCACCGAAUUUGACUCACAAGGCUGGUGUGUUGCUGCCUCUGGGGAUAACGACAGCGAACCUAUUGCGUAUGAGAAUGGUUUGCCAUUUUCUGAUAUUGAAGAUAAAAUGGCGCAGCAGAUCAGCAGCUAUACUCUUCGUACAAGAGAGCCGGUGCUGGUGCAUAACGUUUUGGAAGAUGACAGGUUCUCCAACCUUAGCGAAGCUUACACCUCCCGCCACCCACACGGUCGGUCUAUCAUCGUUUUACCGAUUAUUCAGGCAAAGAAUUUCCUUGGAGUGAUACACAUUGAAGGGAAGCCUAACUCCUUUACUCAACGCAACCUUGUUCUACUGCGCCUUGUUUGCAACCAAAUGGGCAUAUCGCUUGCCAAUGCAUUCCUGUUUCAGGAGGUGCGGAAAGUAAGUGCUGCUAAUGCUGCUAUGGUUGAAGCGCAAAAAUGCGCUCUAGUACAGGCCCGGGAAGCGGAGCAUAAAGCCAAAAUCGCAGAAGUCGAGGCCAACCAUAACGUUAAGCUCAAAGAAGAUGCAGCCAAAGCAAAAUCCAUAUUCCUCGCCAACAUAUCGCACGACUUGCGCACACCCAUGACUGGAGUCAUUGGAUUGUCAGAAUUGCUCAAAGCGACUAAAUUGGAUCCCAAGCAAGACGUUUACGUCGAGUCAAUUCGUGUUUGUGCAGACACGCUCCUUACCCUGAUCAACGACAUUCUCGACUUUUCCAAACUCGAGGCCGGAAAAAUGAAGGUUUCUAUUGUUCCAAUUAACCUCCGCCAAACUAUUGCGGAAGUCGUUCGUGCUCUUCGAUAUACCCACCGAGAGAAAGGACUUGAAACAAUUGAGGAUCUAGAUAGCAUUGAUCCUAACCUUCUGGUGAUGGGCGACCCUGUCCGUUUGCAUCAGAUAUUCAUGAACUUGCUCAGCAAUAGCUAUAAAUUCACACCAAAGGGGUCGGUAACUGUCCAAGCUACAGUCGACGAAGACACCCCUGAGAAAAUACGUGUCACUUGCAAAGUUGCAGAUACUGGAAUUGGGAUAUCAGAAGAGCAGCUGGUUCGCUUAUUUAGACCUUUCUCUCAGGCAGACAGCUCUACUGCAAGGUCUUACGGUGGUAGUGGGUUAGGGUUGAGUAUUUGCAAAGCUAUUAUCGAGGACGUCCUUGGUGGAAGAAUAUGGCUGCAAUCCCAGGAAGGUGUAGGGACGACAGUCACAUUUACACUCUUAUUCAAAAAAGCUGGCAAGGAUGCCGUUCCAAAAACCCCAUGGUCUCAGGAAUCGGGGCAGAAACAACCACACGCUCAUACCUUGCGAGAUAUUUCUCACAUACCCCGCGACCAUGUCAGAAUCUGCAUCGCAGAAGAUAACCCCAUCAAUCAGAAGAUCGCCGUCAGUUUCGUUCACCAUCUAGGGUUAUCGAGCGAAGUUUUCAGUGAUGGAGAGCAAGCUGUUGAAGCUCUUAGGCAGCGAUCUAAGGAUGGGAACCCGUUCCAUAUUGUCCUGAUGGAUGUUCAAAUGCCAGUACUAGACGGGUGCGACGCGACACGUAAGAUCCGUCAAGAUCCAGACCCGAAUGUCAACGAAGUACUCGUCAUUGCCAUGACAGCAAGUGCCAUAGAGGGAGAUCGUGAGAAAUGCAUAGAUGCUGGUAUGAAUAACUACUUAGCCAAACCGGUGCGAUCGGAUGUUCUCAAAGGCAUGCUUGAUCGAUAUCUCGCGCCACAAACGAAGUCGCUACCGAAACGAUCGAAGUCAUCUGCUGCGGCCUCACGCCUGAUAGAAUUACAAGCUUCAAGGGGGCCUAUGAACCCACCUUCUCCGCCCUUAAAAGACAGAAUUGCUGAAGAACAAAAGACAAAGGCCGCGGUAGAUGCUGCAAUCGCGGCGGCAACCAAGAGGCGAAAAGGAUCCAUUAAUGGUGGAAUUGGACCAGAGAAUACAGGGAAGAAGCCAGAGCAAGACGAUAACAAAGCGCCAACCGCGGAACAAUGA